UUUUAAGUGUGUAGAUUUAGUUAUAAACCUGAUGGCAACCAACCAGCACAGUAAUAUUCUAUUCUGAUGAAAGUGGAGUCAUAAAAAAAUAUUUUGCUCGGAAGACUCUACGGCCUUAUUAACUUCUCAGAUUACAUUUUUUAUCUGCAAAAUGUCCGACGAAGAAUCAUUCAUAGUGUUGGGGUCGACUCCCACCCCGUCGAUGGAGCACUAUCUAGCGGAAGACAAACAUGAUUUAAAAGCAACAUCGCUGUCACCGGCACCGGGAAGCAUAAUGGAAACCUCAUCCACCCAAGUUAAUUCGAAUAAUUUUAGUUUGAUACAAGCGAAUGAAUCACUCAAACCGAUUGCUGCGUCAAAGAAGGCUGAUGUAAGAUCCUUAUCACAACAACAAUCGCUUAUGUCAAUAAGCAAGAAUGACUGCGGAAAAAGCUCCUUGGCCGCCAGUGUCAUUAUGGGUGAAACAAAAUCCAGCCUUCUACAGGCGUUUCCCAGUCUGAUGAGCUCAUCGGCAAGUAUUGACGAGAUACAAACAUUGCAGCUUCUGAUGAAUGAACAUGGGCAAAUGAAGGAAAGCUUGCAGAAGGCGAACGUUGCGAUGAGGAAGAAUUUUACCAACAUUCAAAAAUGGCAGGAUGAAGUUAAAUCGAAAUAUGCGAAACAAGUUUGUACAAUUGAAGAACAAAGUCUAACAAUAAAAACACUUCAGGAAGAGAAUCAGGCUUUGAAGAACGCAUUGGCAGGUGUAGAAAAACAGGCAAAAGAUCAAGAAUUGCGAAUGCAGCUUGAACGAGAUUCGGUUCAGAAGGAGGUGGAUGGUUUUCGUCACCAGAUGGAAGCCGAACGCACGGCUGCCGGAGCCGAACUGGAUGAACUGCGAAAGAUGCUUUCCGAGAAGCAAUCCAUUCUGCAAAAUAUGGCUGGAGAAAUCGAACGCUUGGAGUUGGAAAAGCACGAAUUUGUUGUAGUUAAAUCGAACAAGCCGAACGUCAAAGAUAGAGACGGGUUGGAAUUUAUUACGAAGGAGGAACAUGAUCGACAACUGAAGGUUCUUCAGCGGGAAAUGUCCGCUGUUGUAGCGCAGAAUUUGCAGUUUGAAGAUAUGAAAAAAGUCUUUAUCGAUGAAAUAAACUGUUUGAAAGUAAAUAUGGUCGCAGCAGAAGAACUGCAUGGCAAGCAUCGUGCAGAAAUCAGUCGUAUGGCAAAAGAGAUAGAAACGAAGGAUGUGUCGCUAGCGGAAAACAUUCGGGAACUAAAAAGCCUCAGUGAACAGGUGGACGUUUUGACAGCCCAGUUAGAUAUUUAUAAAACCGAUUUCGAGGCUGAACGGUCCGCGCGUGCGGAGUUGGCCAGCGAAAAGGAUCGCAUUUUAAAUGACUUGAAACUGCUUCAAAAACGUAACCAACAAUUGAUAGACGAGGUCCAGAAUAGAAGAGUGGCUGAAGAAGAUGCAACUCGCGCUGCGAAUGAAUCACUUGACAAACGCAAUCCGGGCGAAGGUUCUUCUGCCGGAGAAGCCUCCAGCGAGAGCUCACCUACUGAGGGAGAACAAAUUUUCGAGCGACCUGUUUUGCACUGUCCGCUCUGUGGUAGUGUUUUCAAAGAUUUGAGCACGCUUCAAAAUCAUGUGGAGGACUGUUAUGGUGCGCCAUAGAUCGGACACAUCUUCGAAAGGUAGUUUUUAGCUUCUUUACCGUGUUUGACAUGCAUAUUUUAUCCCAUUGUAUACCAAAUCUUAUAAAAAUGAAUGAUGUGGGGCAUCAAUAGUAAUGUUUACUUGUUCUUCCGUGCACAUACGUAAUUGUUAAUCUGUAGCAGUACCAAUAUAACAGACUGAAUUAAUA